AUGUAUUCUCCCAAAAGACAAGGAGACCGAAUUAGUUCUAUUUCUCCAAGAAGAAACCGGGGUCAAAGGGUCUCCUCUCAUAGUUCUGCACAUAAAGAACGAAAAAGUUUGCGUAGAUCGCGAUCACCAUCACGACGAAGUAAGCGUUUAGAAAACUCACGUUCUCCUCGGCUAGCGCGUUCGAGAUCUCGCUCCCCUUACGGAAGGCGUUCAAAAUCACCACAGAGAUCUCAGGCAUAUUCACCUGCACACUCUUCUAGAAGACGUUCAUGGUCUCCAAAAGGAGUUCGACUACGUUCACCACCAAGGCGUCGUUCAAGAUCUCCAGCACAGUCGCCCAGAAGGCGUUCAAGAUCUCCAGCACAGUCGCCCAGAAGGCGUUCGAGAUCUCCACGGAAUGCCGUCGACCGUUCUCUUUCCUUAUCGCUUUCAUCCCCUAAAGUGCUUUCGAGGUCACAUUCCCCGUCGGUUCACGGCCGCCAGGACAAAGAACGUGACGGCGAGAAAUCGAGGCGCCGAUUAACCUCUCGUGAUUCUUCGCCUUCAAAGGCUAACAACGAGAAAGCUCAGGAAAUAGUGAAGCCUAACUUUGGAUUAUCUGGAAAACUUGCUGCUGAAUCAAAUAAGUUCAAUGGUGUAGCAUUAAAAUAUCAAGAGCCGCCUGAAGCGAGAAAGCCGACAAAAAGAUGGAGAUUAUAUGUAUUUAAAAAGGAAGAACAAUUGGCGAAUUCGAAAUCCAACGGCGUUCCGUCUAUAUCUUACCCUUUAAUAGAUUGUCUUCACAUUCACCGACAAAGUGCUUAUUUAUUGGGUCGUGACAGAAACGUUGCGGACAUUCCGAUCGAUCAUCCUUCAUGUUCAAGUCAACAUGCC